GGAAAAUACAAGAAAACUACAGGAAGUGGUCGAUGAUAAGAAGUACCAGAGAGAGAGUGUUAAAACUUAAAAGGUGAAGGACACCCCAGAACGGAGCAGCGCGUGCGCCGAUGAAGCACAAGCUCCUCCCACUACCAGGAAGACUAAACAGUGGCGUGGCUGAGAGCCGACGAGCGUUGACUGUAAACGAAAUCAUGUGGGCUGAACAACUGGGGAAACAGCUGGGCCGUCCCACACGAUCACUUGCAGGAUGGUUGGUGAGCAAGUUUCUCACAGCUUACAAUCAGGUCCUGGAGGAGAGUGCUGUGCAGCUGUGUGCCAUCCAACCUGGGGACACCGUGCUGGAGCUGGGCCAUGGCCCCGGUCUGGGUCUACAGUCUGCAGCCAAACUGCUCACGGGCCCUACAGGCCACCUUAUAGGGGUGGAUUACUCAGAGUAUAUGCAUCAGAUGGCAAAGAAACAAAUGAUGGAACUUAUAGCAAAUGAAAAAGUGACCCUCCACCACUGUGACGUAGCAGCGAUGCCUCUCGGAGACAGCACUGUGGAUAAAGUCUUUCACUGUAACUGCUACUACUUCUGGCCUGAUCUUAGAAAAGGAGCUGUCGAAAUACACCGGGUGAUGAAGCCAGGAGCCCUGAUGGUCACAACUCUGAAGCUUUCUCGUGUGGCUACAAUCGCAGCGAAGGGGGUGAUGCCAGGGGAAAACUGGCACCCAGAGGCCUACAUGGCAGCUCUGAGAGACUCCGGCUUCACUGAUGUUAGAAUGGAGGACAAGCAGGACAGAAACAUUACUUUUCAGGCUAUCUUUGCCACUGCCUUCAAAUAAGAUUGUGUCUUAUCUACACUACUUAUGUGAUUGUGAAGUUUAGUGUGAUUAUGUCGGUCAUUAAUGGUCUUCCUUUUGAAGAUGGAUAAACUUGAACUUAUCAUAAUGAUAAACAUUUACAGAUCAGAAGUUUUUAUAUAAUUUUCUGUCAUUCCCUACAUGCAAUGUUCUUACAUCAGUACCAUUAUACAGUAUUGUGAUUUUAAAACUUCAAAACAGCAUUACUGUGAAAAGGGGAAAUAAAAAAUAAUGAAGAACUUUAUGGAGGAACCCAAUUGCAUGAAUGUGUAAUCAUACAAUAAAUGGAAAACAGGAAUAAAAGGAUUAGAAAGAAUACAACACACAAGAUGAUACCAAAGUCUUAUAGUGCUUCUGCUGUCAAAACAAAAAUCAUGGUGUCACCUCCAAGUGGGGUCGUGUUAACAUCCGUUAACAUUUACUUUACAUCCGUCAACUUAAUGAUUUAUUGGCUUAAAAUCCACAAAAAACAUUAUAACUUUAAAGAUUUUAAAAUAUCAUAACUGACCUGUGACCUUUCCUUCAGGGUCAAUAGAUUGAUCUGAAGGUCCAAGUGAUAAUGUUAUAUCAAACUACUUAUUACAUCUAUGUUUCUUACUGUCAUAUAGACAUACAGGCAUUUAAUUAUAUAUGGGGAUUAUAAAUAUCACGUUACUUUGGACCUCUGUCCUCUUCUUUGAGGUUAAAUAAGGUCAAACUUCAAUAAAAUAAAUUCUACUACAUUUUUUUUUGUACUGACAACAUUUAGGAAAUGAUACUGUUAUAUGGGGUAAGUAUCACAUUAUAAUUUGCUUCCAAAUAUAAUUUCACAUUUGAUCUCUGAUCUCACUUUUACAUUUCACGUGUCUUCUUUUCAUUCAAGUUGACCAAAAAUGGCUAUAUCUUUAAAGAAAGUGUUGUCAAGAAAAAAAUGAUGAACUGCUUUGUUAGUUAGAUAUAUAGUAGUGUAAAUUGUAGUGCAAUAUUAGAUCAUAUGCUCAAGUCUUUCAAAUCCAUUUGUUUACAAAUCAGUACCUAUUAUCCAUUACCUACUCCUAGACAAUAUUUGUGUAAUCAAAUCAUACAUUUGUCAUGCAUUUUUUUGAAACCUCUUAAAGUACAUUUAAAAAGAACA